AACAAACCAAUAAAAUAAACUGAAGUUAAAUUACAAUAUAAUCAAAAUUAUUAUUAACUAGAAAGAGUAUAAACUUUCGUAAUUAUUAGGAAUUUUAAGGAAUUUAAAUGUGUAGCAAGUAUGCGUUCAUAAAAUGGAGUUUUGCGAGAAUACCUGAAUAUGGUUUUGUGUGAGUUUGGUGCAAAUUGGUGUGAGCAUAAUCAUGUGUGAGUGCUGCUGGAAGUAACGUUCGUUUUUGUUUAGAAACUAAUAAUCAAAUUUGGUAUCAAUGUAACUCAAUAAUUUUAUGGAAGAGAAUGGCAGCAAAAGAAUGAGAGGCAGAACUCGAGGAAGAGCCCGAGGUCGAGCUCGCGGGCGAGCAGGAAGGGGUCGUUCCAAAAAAGCGGUCAAGCAAGUAAUCGAGAGCGAUGAAGAAGAAACUGUUCAGCAACCUCCGGAGGAGACACCUAUGGAGGCAAGCGUCCCAGAACCAGAAAAACAGCAACAACAGCAGCAACAGUCAGAGCCACUACAUGAUCCGCAAGAAAUUCACCCACCAGUUUCGGAACCGCAAUUCGAUUUGGAAGCUGAUAUUUCCCAACUGGAGGCACCAACCUUCACUACGAUUAACAGAGGUCCUCCAGAACCGAUGCUACGAUUGCGUUGGGAUCAUCGAGUUAACCUAAUCGGAGAAAAAGUCCUCAACCCUAUGAUUCACUGCUGCGACAAAUGCCUCAAACCAAUUCUCAUCUAUGGCCGCAUGAUUCCCUGCAAACACGUCUUUUGCCUAUCUUGUGCGAAGAGAGAAGACAAAGUAUGCCCUCGGUGUCUAGACAAAGUGUCCAGGGUUGAGCAAACAGGCUUAGGAACUGUUUUUAUGUGUACUCACGGGGGUACCAGAUACGGAAAUGCAGGCUGCAGAAGAACGUACCUCAGCCAAAGGGAUUUACAAGCUCACAUCAAUCAUCGUCAUAUAUCAGCUCCACAACAAUCUGUUCAGGGAAUGCAAGUCGACCAAUCCCAAUACGCACACUCGAAAUCAGAAAUGGAGUCUCAGUUAUCAAAAGUCUCGCCAGUCGCUUUACAAAACAGUCGCAUGAAGUCAGCUCAUAUGGUUCAACCUAUAAUGGGAAACGAUCCCAGAGUGAAUUCUCUCGUGACUCAGCAACCUGUGGACCACAGACAACAGCACAGAUCUCAGUCAAUGAUGUCCAUGCAAAGUUAUUCUCAAAAUUCCGCACCUCCUCCACCCAAUAAUCCCCCUAUGAGGACUAACUUGAUCACCGUCCCUAUUCAAGACACACCUCCUGUAAACACUCAUGAGAUUCAUUCUCAGCAAAGUCACCAUUAUUAUAACCCUCCUCCCGCUCAAGUGGCCUAUGGGAAUUACAAUGUCCCUCCGCCAGUGUCGCAGAAUCAACAAUACUACUCCCAACAUCAACAAGGCCCCUACGUUCAAUCUUCGCAGCAACAGUAUGUUUCGACGACACCCACUUCGAUCAGACCUUCACCUUCUGGGUACAUGCAGGAUACUCAGUAUGGACCUCCUCAACAACAACAGCAACAGCCUCCUCCUCAACCUCAGUGGACGCAGCAUCAACAACAGUUUUAUAGAUAAAGACGAACGCUUUCUUUGCGCUUUACAUUUAGACUUCGCUAAGAUCAGUUUCCAAGACGAGUGGAACUGAAAUAACUUUGAAGUGAAACUGUCUUUUCUUCUAAUAGGAUAAAUCGGCACCGAUUUUGUAUUUUUGAGAUGAGUGGUGUGGAAGUACUAAACGUGCGUCAUUGGGCUUGUACAGCAAUAAAUAUGUUUUUUAAC